AGAGAACAAUUCCAAUAUAAAUUCUCUGGUUCUCUUAAAAAAAAAAAGAUUGAACUCGACCGACUAUAUAAAAUUCAUAUCCAAAAUCUCCAUUUUUUGUUGUUGUUUUUGUUACUAAUCGGUAGAACAGAGAUUCCCUGUUCGAAUUUCGGCGGCGCGUGUUUAAAAAUCCCCCAAUUUCGCAUCUCCUUAACAAAAUCGAAUUCAACUCAAAAAAAAAAACAAAAACCCUCUGUUUUUUUUGUUGGGUUUUCGAUUUUUAGCAAGGAUUUUGCAUGUGCUCGUUGAAAGUGGCGAAUCCGCGAGGAAUUGGAAGUGACUUGGCACAAUUUCCAAGUGGCGGCGCCGGAGAUGGCGACGGCGACAGCGGUGGCGACGACCCUCAUAGACUAUUCUACAGUCAACACGAUGACGGCGAUUAUUACUCCGCUGUCGGCGAGGUAUCGACGAUUGUGUCCACGUUAACUAACGUCAUGUCAGGACAGGGAGCUGGCGAGUGGAGCUAUGGCGGCAGCCAGGGUUUUGCGGCGGGAUUUGUUUCUUCUUCUUCUUCGUCGUCGUCGGCGUCGGCGUCGGCGUCGGCAUCGACUUCUUCUCCUCUGUCGGCGUACUCGUCGGGUUCUGAACGGAGCUAUGCUUCGGCGAUGAGUUAUUGGGUUGGUCAGAAACGAAUGCGUGAAGAAGAAAGUGUUCAAGUGAAAGAAGAAAUUUCAAUUCCAAAUCCAAACACGGUGGCUUCAAAUCCCGCCGCCGUUUUAGCGUUUCCGGUGAGCUCCAACGAGGCGGUGGCUGCCACCGGCGAGAGAAGACGGAGAUACAGAGGAGUACGUCAGCGGCCAUGGGGGAAAUGGGCGGCGGAGAUUCGCGAUCCACAUAAGGCAGCAAGGGUCUGGCUCGGCACCUUCGAUACGGCGGAGGCUGCCGCCCGAGCCUACGACGAAGCUGCCCUUAGAUUCAGAGGAAACAGAGCAAAACUCAAUUUCCCUGAACAUGUCAGAUUAAUUCCUCCGACGCAAGACAUUUCGGCCACCGCUUCAUCUGCCGGUCCCCUGUUUACUCCGCCGCAGGCAGCGGCGUUUCAGACCCAAAAUUACCGGGAUUAUAUUGAAUACUCCAAUUUGCUUCAAAACUCCGGUGAAUUCCUUGGCCAACCUUCGAGUUUAGUACAGCAAAUGUUUUAUAAUCCGCAGUUGACUCCAUUUCCAUCCUCGUCCUCUCCAGUGCCGGCGCCAGCGCCGUCAGUGUCAUCUGUUUCAAAUUCUGUUUUUUUCCCUCCGCCGCCGCAACAGCAGCAAAUGGGGUUCUUCCGGCAGCCGCCGCAAAACCAAAACCAAGGUGGCUCCAAUUACUUUCCGGCUACGUCGUGGAAUGAUCCCGGCGGCCAGUACCCUCCUCCGUCGUCCGGUUGAUUAUACGAUUAUCCCCCCUUUUCAGAAGUAAAAUAAAAGCAUUUUGGUUUUGGAUUUAUUUUUGCUCAAUAGUUAAAUCAUUC